AUGGCCAUCCAUCCCUUCAAGAACUUGACCGUCGAGGAGACACGCAUUGCCCGCGAUGUCGUUCUUUCUCUACAUGCCGACACUGUCGUCGACUUUCGAGAGAUUUACUUACAAGAACCAGAGAAGGAAAAGAUGAAACAAUAUCUUGAACUUGAGCAUGCAUCACGACCUGGACAAUCUCCGACCUCAAAACGGCCACCUCGGUUAGCAAAAUGCAUGUACGACGUCAUCGGCUCCGACAAAGUCCCGGCCUACCAUGAGUCUAUUAUCGACGUCGAGCUGAAAAAGAGGGUCAAGCAUAAAGUUGUUGGAAAGGAGCACCAGGCUACCCUUACUCUUUGGGAAUUCGAGACGCUCGUGGAGGCGUGCAAGAAGAGCAAGGAGUUCCAAGAUGCGAUUGCCGAGUUCAAGCUUCCUUCAGGAUUCGAACUUGUCGUUGAGCCAUGGUCAGUUGGUGGUCUUGACAUCGGCGCAGAAAACCGACGCUACUUCCAAGGACUGUGCUUUGCGCAAGAUAUGAACAACAAGAAUGCCGAUUCAAACUUUUACGCAUAUCCCAUUCCUAUUAUCCCGGUCAUGGACGCCCACAAGAAGGAGAUCGUCCGCAUUGAUCGAUUAGCAACAGGUGGCAAAGGCGACAGCAUGACUGGACAGACAUGUUCAGAACGCAUUCUCGACCAUUGCACGCCGGCAGAGUACGUACCGGAGAUGGUAGAAGGCGGAGUUCGACAAGAUGUCAAGCCCAUCAACAUCACGCAGCCAGAAGGACCUUCAUUCAAAGUCAUUGACGAAUCACUUGUCGAAUGGCAGAAGUGGAGCUUCCGCGUUUCAUUCAACCCACGCGAGGGAGCUGUUCUUCAUGAUGUGAACUACGAUGGUCGCAGCAUCAUGUACCGUAUGAGCAUCAGCGAGAUGACAGUGCCAUAUGCCGACGCUCGAGCACCUUUCCACCGCAAACAAGCUUUCGAUUUCGGUGACGGUGGUGCUGGUAACUGUGCCAACAACUUGUCGCUUGGCUGCGACUGCUUGGGCGUUAUCAAAUACUUUGAUGCUGUCAUUGUGGGAUCUGAUGGAGAGCCGAAAGUACACCCCAAUGUCGUCUGUCUACAUGAACAAGACAAUGGCAUCGGCUGGAAGUUCAUCAUAACAUUGGCCAACUACGAGUAUGUUUUUGCAUACAAGCUAGAUACCGCCGGCGGCAUCACCCUUGAAACCCGCGCAACCGGGAUUGUCUCCGUCGUCAACAUCGACCCAGGCAAGACAUCCGACUACGGAAAUGUCGUUUCGAAUGGUAUCCUCGCGCAAAACCACCAACACAUUUUCGCCGCACGUUUUGAUCCCGCAAUCGACGGCCACAACAACACUGUCACAUACGAAGAAUCGCAUUCAGUUCCCAUGAACACGCAAACAAACCCCAAUGGCAACUACUACGAAGUCCGCAAGACAGUCGUGGCUAAGUCCGCAGGUCUGGAUGCCAACCCCGUCGACCACCGCGUUUUCAAGAUCUCCAAUCCAACCAAGAAGAACAAGAUCAGCGGCAAGCCAGUCUCAUACAAAUUCGAACCACUGCCUACUCAGAAGAUACUCGCAGCACCAGGCAGCAUACAAGCCAACCGCGCGCUGUUCACAAACCACCAUGUCUGGGUUACAAAGUACCACGACGACGAGCUGUACGCUGCGGGUGAUUACACGAUGCAAAGUCAGAUAGAGAAGGGUGGUGUGCACGACAUGGUGGCACGGAAAGAAAAGGUGGAUAACGAGGAUCUCGUCGUGUGGAAUGUGUUUGGCUUGACGCACAAUCCGAGGGUGGAGGACUGGCCGGUCAUGCCAGUUGAGAUUUACCAGCUACAGUACAAGCCGAGUGAUUUCUUCGAGAGGAAUCCCGCGAUUGAUAUGCCGGGACAGAAGAAUGAGGCUAGUGUGUUGGUUGGGAAGGAAGGCGGGUGCUGUGAGGGAAAGUUGUAG